CCUUUUCCUUUUUCCUUUUCACCUUUUAUAUUUAUUUUAUUUCUAAAAACAAACGUAAUACAUACGGAAAAUCAAUCAAAACAAAAAAGAAUUAUUUAUAAUUCUCAGGUAAUAUUAUUUCUUUCGAAAAAAAUUAAAAUAUUUCAGUUUCUUUUUCUCUUCUCUAUAGGCCCCAAAAUAUUUUUCUUUUCUCUCCCAUCUUCUCAAUUUCCUAUUUUCCUGGUGAGUUUUUGGAAAAAUUGAUGAAAAAUGUCGGUAUCUGAGCAUCAUUACAGUGUUGUCGGAGUUCAAAAUUCUCCGGCAAGAGUUCCGGUGACGGCUCCGCCGCCGGAAGUGGUUCAAAAUAUGCACAUGAGUUUCGCGCCGCCGCCGAUGGCGGCGAAUCCACCGUAUUCGGCGUCGGCUGAAGGUUCUUCCGGGGGUUCCGGUGCCGGUUUUAAUGGAUUGUUGGAGCCGAUGAAGAGGAAGAGAGGUAGGCCAAGGAAGUACGGGCCGGAUGGAUCAAUGGCAAUGGGGUUGAAUGCUCCUGCUCCUGUUGCUGCUGCGGCUUCUCCGGUGGCUGCCGGAGCUCCGGCAGCUGGUCAGGAUGUUGGCGUGGGGCCCGCUUCGCCGAAUUCAAUGAAGAAAGCGAGAGGGAGACCACCUGGUUCAAGCAAAAAGCAACAAAUUGAUAAUUUUGGAUCGACAGGAUUUGGAUUCACACCACAUAUUAUCGCUGUGAAAGCAGGAGAG